AUGGCUACUCAAAAUCCAUUCAACAAGAUAUUGAAGACGUUGCAGAAGCCCGGUGAUGGCGGUGAAUUCGGAAAAUACUACAGUUUGCCAGCUCUCAACGAUUCCAGAAUCGAUGCGCUUCCUUACUCGAUUAGGAUACUUUUGGAAUCUGCGAUUCGUAACUGUGAUGAGUUUCAAGUUAAGGCCGAUGAUGUUGAGAAAAUUAUUGAUUGGCAGAAUACAUCUCCCAAACAGGUGGAGAUUCCGUUUAAGCCUGCUAGAGUGCUUUUGCAGGAUUUUACUGGUGUGCCUGCUGUUGUUGAUCUUGCCUGUAUGAGGGAUGCAAUGAACAGGCUUGGUGGUGAUUCGAAUAAAAUUAAUCCGUUGGUACCGGUCGAUCUUGUCAUUGAUCACUCUGUUCAGGUGGAUGUAGCGCGAUCAGAAAAUGCUGUUCAGGCAAAUAUGGAACUUGAAUUUCAGAGGAAUAAGGAGAGAUUUGGUUUCCUUAAAUGGGGUUCAAAUGCUUUCAAUAACAUGCUCGUUGUUCCUCCUGGAUCAGGAAUAGUCCAUCAGGUUAAUUUAGAAUACCUUGGUAGAGUUGUGUUCAACACAAAUGGUGUGCUUUAUCCUGACAGUGUUGUCGGAACUGAUUCACACACAACUAUGAUAGAUGGCUUGGGUGUUGCUGGGUGGGGAGUUGGUGGAAUUGAAGCUGAAGCUGCAAUGCUCGGGCAGCCCAUGAGCAUGGUCCUACCAGGUGUGGUUGGGUUCAAAUUAUUAGGCAAACUACGAAGUGGUGUCACAGCUACCGACUUGGUGUUGACUGUUACUCAAAUGCUAAGAAAGCAUGGGGUUGUUGGCAAGUUUGUAGAGUUUUAUGGGCAAGGCAUGAGUGAACUGCCUUUGGCAGAUCGUGCCACCAUUGCAAACAUGUCUCCUGAGUAUGGCGCAACAAUGGGAUUCUUUCCUGUCGAUCAUGUCACUUUGCAAUAUUUGAAACUGACUGGCAGGAGCGAUGAAACUGUUUCUAUGAUAGAAUCCUAUUUACGAGCUAAUAAGAUGUUUGUGGACUAUAGUGAGCCCCAAGUGGAGAGAGUGUACUCAUCCUAUUUGGAGCUCAAUCUUGAGGAUGUUGAACCAUGUGUCUCAGGUCCAAAAAGGCCUCAUGAUCGUGUUACUUUGAAAGAAAUGAAGGCAGAUUGGCAUGCCUGCCUCAACAAUAAAGUUGGGUUUAAGGGUUUUGCUGUACAAAAGGAAGCUCAGACAAAGGCUGCAGAGUUCAAAUUCCGGGAAACACCAGCAAAACUUAAGCAUGGGGAUGUUGUUAUAGCUGCUAUCACCAGCUGUACAAAUACCUCAAAUCCCAGUGUAAUGCUUGGAGCUGCAUUGGUUGCAAAAAAAGCAUGUGAUUUGGGAUUGGAGGUUAAGCCAUGGAUCAAAACAAGUCUUGCUCCAGGUUCUGGUGUGGUUACCAAGUAUUUGCAGAGGAGUGGCUUGCAGGAGUAUUUGAAUCAGCUAGGGUUUAACAUAGUUGGGUAUGGAUGCACCACAUGCAUUGGAAAUUCAGGGGAUAUUGAUGAAGCUGUUGCAUCUGCAAUAACAGAAAAUGAUAUAGUAGCUGCAGCUGUAUUGUCUGGAAAUAGGAACUUUGAGGGCCGAGUUCAUCCAUUAACAAGGGCUAAUUAUCUAGCUUCUCCGCCUCUCGUUGUUGCCUAUGCUCUUGCUGGCACAGUUGACAUUGACUUUGAUACCGAGCCAAUUGGGAUAGCAAAGGAUGGAAAACAGAUCUUCUUCAGGGAUAUCUGGCCAUCCAGUGAAGAAAUAGCAGAUGUUGUGCAAUCAAGUGUGCUGCCUGAUAUGUUUAGGGAAACAUACAAUGCUAUUACCAAAGGCAACCCCAUGUGGAAUAGUUUAUCUGUUCCAUCUGGCAAUCUUUAUGCCUGGGACUCUACAUCAACUUAUAUUCACGAGCCACCUUAUUUUAAAGACAUGAGCAUGUCUCCCCCAGGCCCUCAUGGAGUGAAGGAUGCUUAUUGUUUGCUCAACUUUGGAGACAGUAUUACGACUGACCACAUCUCUCCAGCCGGCAGCAUACAUAAGGAUAGUCCUGCAGCCAGAUACCUUGCAGAACGUGGGGUUGAUAGACGAGACUUCAACUCCUAUGGAAGUCGCCGUGGUAAUGAUGAGGUGAUGGCAAGAGGAACUUUUGCCAAUAUUCGCAUUGUCAACAAAUUCCUGAAUGGAGAAGUUGGACCUAAAACUAUACAUAUUCCUUCUGGGGAAAAGUUAUCAGUCUUUGAUGCUGCAACGAAAUACAAGAGUGAGGGACAUGGUAUGAUUAUUUUGGCCGGUGCUGAGUAUGGGAGUGGAAGUUCUCGCGAUUGGGCUGCGAAGGGACCAAUGCUACUGGGCGUGAAAGCUGUCAUAGCAAAAAGCUUUGAAAGGAUUCACCGUAGUAAUUUGGUGGGAAUGGGUAUAAUUCCUCUAUGUUUCAAGACUGGCGAGGAUGCCGAUACUCUUGGAUUGACUGGUCACGAGCGUUACACCAUUGAUCUUCCAAGCAGUGUGGGUGAAAUUCGACCUGGUCAAGAUAUCACAGUGGUGACAGACAAUGGGAAGAAAUUUUCAUGUACCCUGAGAUUUGAUACAGAGGUUGAGCUUGCAUACUUCAGUCAUGGAGGCAUCUUACAAUACGCCAUCAGGAACUUGAUCAAUGCUAAACAUUGA